GACUACAUAGCGAGCACACGGUUGCUAGGGGUUGCAUAUGCAACUUGACGCUCCUCUGACAAUUGAAAAACUUUUGUUUCUGGACAAACAGAUCGGAUAUCACACCUGAUUACCUGAGUUUAAAGGUAGAUACGUCAUAUCCGAACCUUGUAAAGUUUGUGUUUCACGGUGUCAUCAGCCGCGCGGGCUUCGGACUGCAGAUGUCAGCAGAUUAACGGAGGAUUGGGAGGAGAAAGGCGGGUCAUCGAUCGGACUUUCACUGUGAGAAGAGGUCCAGUCUGGUUCUGGAUCUAGUUUGAUUGGUUUGUUAAGUUAAAUCCCAACGUGGAUUUGGGUCAAACUUCCAGUUUCCUACGUUUUAUCUGAGUCGUGAACUCAACACGCCGCUGCUCUGGUCUCCUUCAGGUUCGUGACUGACUCGAACCUGAACGUGAGCCAGCUUAGAAUGGACCGAACCUCGCCCUUCUCGGGGCUGCUGCUGCUCCUCGGAGCGCCAUGGCAGACGGCGUAGAAGAACCGGAACCUUCCGGUCCGGCAGCGGCGCGGGUCCGGCCCCCGCUGGCAGAGAAGGCUCUGUCCGAGUCGUUCGCGCGGCUGCGGUACCAGGACACGUCGCUGCUGGUCUGGCAGCAGCAGCAGAUGGAGGCGGCCCCGCCCUCCACCUACCUGAACCGGAGCCAGUCAGCCUGGUACAGCAGCUACGGGAACCAGGCGGUGCUGAUCCGAGACAAGAGGGGGGUGUCGGAACCGGAGGGACGCUCCAAGAUCUGCAGCGUCAUGUGAACGGGAUCAGGGCCGAAACGGGUCAAGCUCGGACCCGACGCGAGUUCCUGCGGAUUAAACCUGAUGACCACUGAAGAUGUCAACGCCUACAUAGACCACAAUGCACUGCUGCGACUGCAGUUCUCAGCAUGGCAGCUCAAGAUUCAGAAUGUUUACAACUGAUUUAUACUCUAAAUUUCUGUACAUACUUUUAUUUGUGUAAAUAAAAAAAAACAGUUGUUACAUUUUAUACUGUAAAUAUUACAUUUAUUGAUAGACAAGAAUAGUUAAAUAAAAAAAAUCAGUUUGAAAUUUUAAGAAAUUUUGAAAAGUAUUAGCUAAAAGAGAAAAAUAAUCAGAUUCUAUCAAAUGUGCUUUUACUAUCUAUUCGCUUUUUUUAUCUACAAGAACAAAAGUUUGUUUACAAGCUAACAGUAUUUCCUUACACAAAACAGGUCCAUUAGAGGAAA